AAGGACAACCAUCUCUGCAGCCGCUCCACCAGCCUUUAUCUGCAGAGAAGAACGGAGAGAAGAAACGUCUUACCGAAGGAGGCUCGCGCGGCUGUCCUACCGAAGGAGGCUCGAGACUGUCCUACCGAAGGAGGCUCGCGGCUGUCCUACCAAAGGAGGCUCGAGACUGCCCUACCGAAGGAAGCUCCAGACUGUCCUACCGAAGGAGGCUCGGCUGUCCUAGGAGGCUCGAGACUGUCCUACCGAAGGAGGCUCGAGACUGUCCUACCGAAGGAGGCUCGCGGCUGUCCUACCGAAGGAGGCUCGAGACUGCCCUACCGAAGGAGGCUCGAGACUGUCCUACCGAAGGAGGCUCGCGGCUGUCCUACCGAAGGAGGCUCGAGACUGCCCUACCGAAGGAGGCUCGAGACUGUCCUACCGAAGGAGGCUCGAGACUGUCCUACCGAAGGAGGCUCGCGGCUGUCCUACCGAAGGAGGCUCGCGGCUGUCCUACCGAAGGAGGCUCGCGGCUACAUCCAGCGGAAGAGUGAUGUCAUCCAAAGCGCUUCAUCCUCAUCGUUGUCAACGGUAACGACAGAGGAGGCUGAACCCCCGACCCUUCCACCGGAGGACAGCACCACCACCCCACGCACCCAGAUAACAGUGGCCAAGAAACAGCAGUGGGCCAAACUGGCCUCCACACCAGGCACAGAGGGCUCUCACAGCCUGCUCUACGGGGCUUGUGACUCGGAUAGCAGCUCAGGAAAGGCCCAGGUCUCAACCGCCAAACAGGCCUGGAGCCAGAAGACGUUAGUGGAGGCCGGGCUGGACAGGAGGAGGUGUGAUGAUUUAGACUGGGAGCAUCAGGGACAAUGUAGCACCUCCUUCUGUGAGCCUCCUCCCCCUGUCCACACCGCAGUCCCAGAGUUCACCAACCCUAUAGGAGGUUACGCUGAGAUCUGUGUCUCCUCCUGUAUGGUGAAGUCCUCGGGGUCAGGGGCCUAUCUCCAGACCCUGGACAGGAGCAGCCGAGCCUGGGUACUGUCCACAGGAAAGAGCCAGGCUGCCGACGAGUCCUACUCGCGUCUAGGCCUCCCCCCCAACUGCUUCGCUGAGCUGAGGCAACGCACAGAAGGGGACAACAACAUUUGGUGGAGAAGGGGUGUUUCCAGCUCCGGAGGAGGUGUGUCAGUCCCCUCAGACAGCCCCGGUGCCCAGAAGAAAGGGGGCGUGGCCAGCAGCAUGAUGGACAGGAUCAAAUCCCCAGGAAUGGUCCGGAAAUCCCUUUCCAUGAAGAUGAAGAAGCUCCCCGAACUCCGCCGUAAACUCAGCCUGCGCUCCUCUCGCUCCCAUCGCCACGGGAAGGAGGGGACGGGCCGAGGAGGAGGGGACGGGGGUGGAGAGGGGACAUCACCCCCAGACGUCCGUAAGGAGCAGUCCAACGAGGUGAUCAGCAGGUACCACCUGGACACUUCGGCCCCGGCGAGACCACAACGACGCUCCUCCAGGGGACGCUCCUCUGCCGCCAGUAAGGGGGGCUACCUGAGCGACGGAGAUUCACCUGAGCUGCUGCCCAAACAGGGUGGACCAGGGGACCCUCCUCGGCCCACAACCCCCUCUUCCACCACCCCGCUCCACCCACCACUCCACUCGUUCAGAGUCUACAACUUGUCGGACCAGCCACGGUGCGCCCAGCGCGUCUCCGGCCUGCUCACGGUGCAUCUCGUUGGGGUGGAGAAACUGCUGAGGGCCCCUAAACAGGACGCCAGUAAGGAGGUGUUCUGUGCCAUCCAGGUGGAUGGUGUAACCAGGGCCCGUACCGGCCUGCUAACCUCCAGGGGGGGCUCUCUGCCCCUCAACCACACCUUCAACCUGGAGCUGGAGAGGGCCAGGCUGCUGAAACUGGUGGUGCUCACCCCUUACCCCGGGGCUGAGACUACCACCAUGAAGGGCAGCGACUCCACAGCAGCGACCAGGAACAGGGUCUGCUGUCUGGGGGCUGUGUCCAUACCCCCUCUGUUCAAAGCCUCUCGGUCUCAGCAGAUAUUCUUAGAGCCCAGGGGUCUACUUCUGACCCUGCUGGAGCAGUGGGAGCCCCUUCCCCCGACCCCCACCUCAACCCCCAUGGUGUUUGGAGUGGAGCUGCGCCACCUGGUGGACAAGGAGAACACCGCUGCCCCCCCUCUGCUCAUACAGAAGAGUGUGGCUGAGAUCCAGAAGAGAGGACUGAGGGUGGUGGGUCUGUACCGUCUGUGUGGUUCAGCUGCAGUGAAGAAGGAACUGAGAGACGCGUUUGAGAGGGACAGUGCUGCUGUCAGCCUGAAUGAAGAGGUUUAUCCUGACAUCAACGUCAUCACAGGCAUUCUGAAGGACUACCUACGUGAGCUGCCGUCCUCCCUUAUCACCAGGACCUUGUACGAGGUAGUUUUGGAGGCCAUGUCUCUGAGACCUCCUCCUUCUCGCUCCUCCCCUGGAACCUCCUCUCCUGGCAGGAGCGAGGGAGACGAACAGCGCUCUCAGAGCACCGUGGCCCUACUGCAAUGUCUGCCUGAACCAGAGAGGGCCACCCUCUCUCUGCUCCUGGACCAUCUGAGCCUCGUUGCCUCCUACAGUGACUGUAACCGAAUGAACUGUCAGAACCUGGCUGUGUGUUUCGGCCCGGUGCUCCUGACCCCCACCCAGGAGUCCUGGAGACCCACUGCACCAGGACAGGGCGGGCAGGGCGGGCGCGGGGGGAGCUGUGGAAGGGGCGGACGGAGUUUUGCUCACAGCGAGGAGAUCGCCAGUGCUGUGGACUUCAAGAGACACAUCGAGGCCUUGCAUUACCUGUUGCAGCUCUGGCCCAUUCCUCCAGACAGAGUGACAGACAACCCCGACUCUCCCACCCUCCUCCAGCCCUCCUCCAGUUCAGACACGCCUCCUUCCCCUCCCAGACCCAUGCCCCAUAACCCCCUGCCUCGGCGCUGCCAGCGUGGCCUGUCGCUGCCUCUGGACCUCCCGGGGGACGAAGUGGGCGUGGUCUCGCGACGUGGACGGGGCCGACUGGAGAGCCCGCCCUGUAACCGGUAUGCUGGCGACUGGAGCGUGUGUGGGCGGGACUUCCUGUCCGGAGGCGAUGCGGACUACGACGAGGUGGCAGGGAGCGACAGUGAGGAAGAGGAGGAAGAGAGGGAGGUGAAGAAGGUGGAGUGGACUCAGUACGUAGACGACUUAGUUCUGGACUUUGACGCCCCGUUUACCUGCAGACUGAGUCUCAAAGACUUUGAUACGCUGAUAUCAGACCUGGAGAGAGAGCUGUCCAAACAGAUUAACAUCUGUCUCUGAGAGGAGAGGAGAGGAGAGGAGAGGAGGGGAGGGGAGAGGGAAGGAGAAGAG